AGUUUUAGUGAUCAAGUUGUGAAAAGUAGGCAACAUUACACCGCACGUACGCUCCACCUCUCCGGUAGGUCAAUUCUCCCCCAACCUGUGCCGUAGCGUUCCGUACAUGCGCUUGGCUCGCGUUGUUGUCGUUCGAACUUGUAUUUAGCUACUGCACUGCUGGCACAAAUGACGUGUAGCACUGAGUAGACUUGCGGGCAGAGCUCCGGUCGAGCACAGUAAUUUUGUGAUUUUUUUAUUAGAGAUUCAUUUAGAGAGACUGCAAUAUUUCACACAAGACUGUAUCAGUGCAGAUUGUAGCACGAUGGGGGCCUCAUUCCGGAGCUACGUGUGGGAUCCUAUGCUACUCUGCUCACAGAUCAUUGCCAUGCAGAGCGUCUUCUAUGUGUGCUUUGGUAUUUGGUUGAUUUUUGUGGACUAUAUUUUGGAUCAUCCCAGAUCGCUAGGCCAGAUAUUUGGUUACGAUUGUCUUGACUUCAGCAGUUCUGGAGGGAGAAUGAUCGCUGCAGUCUAUGUCAUGAAUGCACUUACUUGUGCUACUGGACUAUGGUGUAUUGUACAGAGGACAAAGCAGUGUACAGACUUCUCAGUGACGGUGCACUUUUUUCAUUUCAUUGCCUGUUGGAUGUACAACUCAAGAAUUCCUAGCUCGCUGGCGUGGUGGUUUACGAACAUUGGUUGUAUAGCGUUAACGACAGUGCUGGGAGAAUACUUGUGCAUGAGGACUGAGCUGAAAGAUAUUCCACUUACUGGGGCAAGGGCUGACUUAUGACGGAUGUAAGAUGGAGGCAAGGCUGCCCCAAGAUGGACAUCAUGCACGGACAAUGUGUAUUUCUGAGAUGAAAAUCUUCACAAUCAUUGGUCCCAGGAUGGCAUUGACAGUGAUGCUGGGAGGACACUUGUGCACUGCAUCGGGACUGUGAUUGAAGACUAUCCACUCCAUGGGAGCAGGGGCCAACUUCUUUUAGAUUAUGCCGCAUUGGUGCAAGGUGGGAGUAAAAUCAGUGAAGCGGUGACAGUAUUGGAACGAAUCCUUGACUUGUUCAUGCAAAAUGAAAUGAAAGACAUUGCGCUGAUGCUGGAGCAAAAGCAACUGAUGACGAAAAGAAGGAAGAAGGCUGCAUGAACUCUAGUUCAUGCCAGCAAAUAUGUACUGUUUGUAAUUGUAUUUGUAUACAGACAGAAUUCACACAGUGAUAUGGAAAAUGUACACAUGCAAGCUUACAGAAGACUUCAUUUGCAAAUCUGCUUUUUAAGAACUCCAUGACUCAACAUGAAUGUCACAGGUCAAUGCUCAAUACAGCUUCUAGAUGUCGGGGACAAGUGAUAAUGCUUACUACAUUUCGUAUUUACAUAUAGUGAGAGAUGGUCCCGAAACUGCGCCUCAUUGUUAGGGGUUGCAAACAAAAAGGCAGAGUACAUGUAAAUAUAGUUCAAGAGAAGGAAUGAAUUUCAAGUAUAGAGCAGAUUUGUCUCUCGUCUGCAAUCAUGACCAUGUCUACUGGAACAUUCAAUGUAACCUACACGUACUAGUUAUUUAUAAUUUGGCUACUUGUUCGACCAAAUAAGUUAUAUUAAAAUGGGGUUGUCUUAUUGUGAUGUUACCAAAAGAAGCAUUCAGUUCAAAUAAUGUACUUGUAGUAGAGGCACCCUGUAUAAUGAAGCUGGAUUUACAAGUCUCUACAUGUCUUAUCUCAUGAAAUGAAAUACAGGAAGUAAAGUUCUGGCUAUUUAUUUUCUGAGUGCCCACCUUUAUAUAUAUUGAUUUUUUUUCAAGCAAAUUGCAACUCCCAUCCUGAAAAGGUUGAAAUUAAUUUUUGUUGUCAUUAUGAAGUUUUAUAACAACUAGCAAGUGAGCUUGAGAGUUAGAUCAUAUACAUGUAUCACCCUGAAAGAAGGUAAUAAUUUGUUUUUGUAGUAUUUGUCUAUGGGAUGAUUUGUAUUGUUUUAAAGUUCAGCUCCUGAUUCAUUUCAUUCAGGUGGUUGCUAAAGCUGGGUUCACUGUACUCUUAUUAGGCCUAUUUAGUUUGUUGUUCAGAAAUAAAUGUUAUGAUUUAUUUGUUUAGAUGUUCACAAUUCAUGUGCAAUUUGGAUGUACCAUUUCAUUACAUGUACUCUGUUUACAAGAGCAUAACUCAAUGAUAUUCUUCUCAUGGAACUACCAAUGUUCAUAAUACAGUUUACAAGUAAAUUACUCAUACCCUUACCAAGUAUGUAUGUGAAAACUAUAUAUAUAUAUAUACUUUUCCAGUUCAGAAUAUUGGUUCAGAAACCAGCCAUUGGUAAAUGGCCUUUGGGG